GGACAACGUCAUUGUUGGCGCUACGGAAGGAAAAAAACCCGCCAAACCAGGAAGAAGACAAAAGAAAACCCGCCAAAACCCCCUCAUCCGGCUUACAUACUGUUUUCGUUCAAUCCAACCAGCUUCUUUCCCAUUCCUCAGUCCUCACUCCCAACUCCCAUUACAAUGACCGACAUCACCUCUAAGGUUCCUUUGACCAGAAUGCUGCUGCGCAAAAGAACCCAAGCUCCGGAACCCGUUUCCUCAGAACCCAUAAGAAGAACCCGAAGCAGAAUGGAAUCCAAAUCGGAAGAAAAUGAACCAGAUUACGACGACGUCCGGUGCCAGAAAUGCGGGUCGGGUGAGGAUGAUAAUCAGCUUCUCUUGUGCGACGGAUGUGAUCGCGGGUUUCACAUUUUCUGCCUCAGGCCUAUCCUUCCAUCCGUACCUAAUGGCUCUUGGUUCUGCCCCUCUUGCUCCAAUCACAGUAAAAUCACAAGUUUUCCUCUUGUACAAACCAAAAUUGUAGAUUUCUUCCGAAUUCAGAGGUCUUCAUUGUCCGGUGAUAAAAUUAUUCAAGACGGGAAGAGGAGAAGAAAACGCUCGGGGAGUUGCUUGAUUGUGUCCAAAAAGAGUAGAAAGUUGUUGCCAUUCAAUCCCAGUGAAGAUCCAACUCGGAGGUUGGAGCAAAUGGCAUCACUGGCAACCGCAUUGACAGCAACCAGAACUGAAUUCAGUAAUAAGCUCACUUACCUGCCUACAAUGGCCCCAAGAUCAGCUAAUCGUGCUGCACUUGAACGAGAAGGAAUGCAGAUUAUAUCAAAGGAUGAUGCUGAGACUUUGAAUUUGUGCAAGCAAAUGAUGGAAAGAGGCGAAUGCCCUCCGCUCAUGGUUAUUUAUGAUUCUGUAGAAGGAUUCACAGUAGAAGCUGAUAGAUUCAUAAAGGAUUUGACAAUAAUUACAGAGUAUGUUGGUGAUGUUGAUUAUUUGAAGAACCGAGAAGAUGAUGAUGGCGAUAGCAUGAUGACCCUUCUUUGUGCUGCUGAUCCAUCAAAAUCCCUCGUCAUCUGUCCAGACAAGCGUAGUAACAUAGCUCGUUUUAUAAAUGGCAUCAACAACCAUUCAUCGGAUGGGAAGAAGAAGCAGAACGUAAAAUGUGUGAGAUUCAACGUGAAUGGAGAGUGUAGGGUGUUGCUGAUUGCAAGUCGAGACAUACGGAAAGGAGAAAGAUUGUACUAUGAUUACAACGGAUAUGAACAUGAAUACCCAACCCACCAUUUUGUCUGACCUCUUUCAACUUCCAACCUUUUUGAAAUCCUUUGGUCUGAUUUGGAAUCAACAAAAGGCCAUUCUGUUAACUUCCCCAUUGCUAGCACAUAGGCCAACUUGAAUGUGCCUAACCGAAGUUUAAAAACAGUGUAGAAGAACAGAUUGCAACGAAACAUAUUCCAUCUAAUCAUGUUGUCUUUAGCUCUACUUCUGCUAACCAACUAGGAAUUUAUACUCUGCCACGUCAUUAUUACUCCGCUAUUAACUAAAUUUUACAACUAAUUACAAUGAAUGCUACCUG